CCUGACUGAAUGACAUCAUGCGUGCUGCCGUCCAGCUGCGACAUGGCCCCGUGUCGGUGUAGCGGAGUGUAGCGGAGUGCAGCGGGGCUCCGGGAGGCUUCUGACCGGGACAGAGGCUCCCUCUGACGGCCUCACGCUGCGGGAACCCGCGGCCUUCAGUGAUGCAGCAGAAACUUUGCUCCAGAGGUUUCCUCCUGGAGAGGAACGGCCAGGCGUGCGGCGCCGUCGCCGACCCCGCCCACUCCUGCGACCUCCCGUUCCGCUGCCCGCGCUGCGGCGAGCAGGAGCGUUUCCGCAGCCUGGGCUCGUUGCGCGCCCACCUGGAGUACCGGCACUCGUACCGCUCGCCGGACGUCCUCGCCGGCGGCUUCAGCAUCACGGGGAAGCUCCCCGACCCGCUGACGGCCUCCAUCCCCUGGCACGACAUGAGCCUCCCGACCCGCAGGGGGCAGCACGGCGGCGCCGGCAGGCCGCCGCACACCCGCUCCCUCAGCGACAGCAGGGACAGCGGCUACCUGCCCGGCUACGGCUCCGUCAGGCGGCGCACGCAGAGCGUCGGGGUGGGGACGCAGGCUGAGGACGAGGCGGACGACGACGAAGACGAGGAGGAUGAUGAUGAGGAGGAGGAGGAGGAGGGUGGGACAGACGAGGACGAAGACGACGAUGGGAGCAGAAAUGACCAAGAUAUCAAACUGGUUCACAAAAGGUCUGAGCAUUGCCACCACCACCCUCAACCACCAUCACCCUCCCAUUCCCCCCGCCCGCCCCCCUGGGACCCCCCGCCCGACCCCGACCCCGACCUGGAGCUGGACCUGGUGGAGCAGAGCUCGUACUCCGGGCUGGAGACGGCGGCGGCCUCGGCGGCGGUGCGGCGGCGCCUCGCCAGCAUCCUGCGCGCGGCCGACAGCACCAUGCAGCGCCGCCUGGCCAAUGUGAGCACGGAGCUGGCCCAGACGGACACGGAGCUGCUGUGCGAGCGCGCCCACUCGCAGCACCUGGCCCAGGAGAGGCAGGAGGUGGCGGACAGGGAGCGCUCGCUGAGCCGGCAGGUGGACGUGGCCGUCAUGGUGAUCGCGGCGCCGGAGCAGCUCAACGCCUCGGAGAACGAGCUGGAGCGUAGAGAGAGGGAGGUGAUCACCAUCCAGAACUUGGAGGCGGCGGCCCGACAGGAGACGUGCGGCAUCCGAAUCCAGCGCUUCAUCGAGAACCUGCUGAGACGCAUCGCGCUGGCGGAGAGGCUGGUGGAGUACUACCAAGUCAACGAGCCCCCACAGUGCAACCACUACAGGCACCAGCAGCAGACUGAUAACGGUUCCCACAGAAUCACGAAAAGCAGGUCUGCCGGAGGUCACCUGUCCUCGUCUGGUCUCCAUGACAACAGGAACCAGUCCUGCUUCCAGCUGGGGGGCCGUCCUCCGUCCUCCAAAGCGGACCGGGAGCGGGAGCACCGGGAGCGGCUGGCUCAGCUGUCCAGGCUGUCUGUCGGCCCGAAACACCGAGACGACAUCUGGAACCACCAGCGCCGCGCUGUCGGCGGGUUACGAGGCCUAGACCAGGAGGGGCGGACCAGGACGGGGGGGGCAGAGGCCUCUGUGCAGCAGGUUACAGCUGCCGAUCUAAAACCUCCAAACAUACUGUCUUUUCUGGACUGUAAGUCAACUCUGUGAAGGAAUUCAGCACCAAGAGUGAGACGUCUGUGUGUGAGUCCAGUUAUUCCAGAUCAUAAUCAUCCUGUUCCAGAACCUUCUUUUUAGGCACGAUGAAGCCUUCACCAGAAACAAGUUUCUUUUCUAGGAACUCUAAAGCUUUCUGUUAUAAGUUUUUAAAAAAAGGCUACUUAAUGUCCAUUAAACCGGUGAUAGUCUUGUCAGUUAUAUCUACAGUCCCAGCACGAAAACCGAAAGAUUUCAGCCUUUUGAAUUAAAUCCUGAUCAUUUUGGCUUUUUGGAUCAGAAAAGUAUGAAGAAAAAACCAAUUUAUGCUUAAAUGAUCAAGAAUCACAGAAUAAAGGUUUUAAAGAUUCCAGUUUAUUGGAUAAUAUACACAACCUAACUAUUUGAAUUAAAUUCAUGUAUUUUUGGAGAUAACCUGUGUUACCUGUGGAGGACGCCACCCGUAGACAAUUGUUAAUACAACCUUUCAAAGGUUCCGUGAUUUGUAAAGUAUUAUUCCUGUUUAUAUGUUUUAGUGAUGAAAUAAUCUGUGAAUUAUUUCCCCCAACCAGUGGAAAAAAAAAAUCUAAAGAAAUUAUAUUUUAGGAUUUUGUAUGUUGGGUAGUGAGAGAUUCACAUGUUUGAUGACUCGUCCUGCUCUGGUGGGCGUGUCCUCACAUUGCAGCCAAUAGAAAAGCUUGAAUUCUUAAGCCCCGCCCCUCAUUGUGACACAGAUGCUGUUUGGUGAGUUUCCUUCACCAAUGACCAUUUUUGACUGAAGUGUCAAAAAAGUGUGAAACACUUUUGGAAAAAAAAACACUUUAAAUUUACAGAAUUAAAAAGCACUUUAACUGACUUUCCAGAGGCCUUUUAGGUCUAAAGCUGCUUGUUUCUUGAGAGCCACAUGAGGAUUUCACCGUUUUAAAACCAAACUUAGCAGCCAGUCUGUUGCAGUGAAAAUAUUUUUACUCUCCAGUAGAAUCAAAGUGUAUGAGGAACAAAAGCGCACCAAGAGCAGAUCCUUGUGGGACGCCACUU